AUGUCUCGCAGUAUGCCUUAUCGUCUGGAAUGUCCUGAAAAAUGUCUGCAAACGCAAGAUGAUGCACUCAAUUCAACCUUCUUCAUCUUAAGACAAACAGGUCCAACCGCUUUUGUCAUUAAAGAAGAUGAUGAACGAAUAUUUAAAGUAUUUUUGGGUGAUCAACAUCAAUGCAGUUGUAAUGCAUUUCAACGAGAUCGAGAAUUAUGCAAGCAUCUUUGUUGGCUUCUAUUAAAACGAUUCCGUGUACCAAGAACGAAUCCAAUGUUGUGGCAAAAAGGUCUUGUCGAACGAGAAAUAAACGAACUUCUACGUGGUUUAGCACGCGAGGAUGAAAGAAAUAAAACAAAUCAUAACAAUAAAAAAAAAAAUGAUGCUGGAAAUGAUGGUGAAGAUGAUGUUGAACAACGUUCAAUUGGCGAAAAUGAUGUAUGUCCUAUAUGUCAAGAAGAAUUUUUAAUUAAGAAAUUACCUAUUACUUAUUGCCGACACGGAUGUGGCAAUAAUGUUCAUGUUAAAUGUAUGAAAGUAUGGUUGGAUCAUCAAGUAUCGACAGGUGAAAAAACUGUUAAAUGCCCAUUAUGUCGAGAAACAUUUGGUACUCCAGAACAAUUGAAACAAGAAUUUCGCACAAGUGGAGCUCAACAAGCAGAAAAAACAUCCAUUCAUUUGAGUUAUUCAUGCAAUCGUUGUCGUGCAUGUCCAAUUACUGGCAAAUGUUAUAAAUGCACUACAUGUCAUGAUUAUUUUUUAUGUCAAACAUGUUUCAAUUUAAAUAUACAUAAUGAACAUCAAUUUGAUUAUCGAGAAAAAUCAUUUCAACGCUGGAAAUUAGCAAUACGAGAACACUUAACUGCCUUACCUAAUGCUCUUCAUCAAAUGUUAGGGAAUAGAGAAAUUACAGAAAAUGAUUAUGAUAUUCUUCUUCAACUUGAAAACGCUCAAACUACUGCAAUAAUGGGUAUACCAGAAAAUAUUGUUAAAUCUAUGCCAACUGAGCGUGUUCAUGAACGAAGUCGUUUAUUACAACAUGGUGAACAAUGUCGUAUAUGUUUAAGAUCAUAUCAAGUAGGUGAACGUGUUCGACGUUUACGUUGUCGACAUAAAUUUCAUAUUGACUGUAUUGACGGCUGGCUUUUGCAUAGUCAUCCAACAUGUCCUAUUGAUGGUCAACUUGUAUGGAGUGCUGAAAUGGAUAAUGAACAAAGAGAAGCAAAACGUUCUGCUCUCGCUGCUAAUCGACAUUCGACAAAACAUUGUUCUACUUCUGGCUCAUCUUUACUCUCAGUUGAUAUGGGUCUAUCUGUUACUCCUUAUCAUAUACGACCACUUCAUAUGCAAACAAAUACUGAUUUAAAUCAACGAUUUCGACGUCUUCAUAUGCGUGCGCCACUACGUCCAUUAAUAGCAACAACAACCAAUGAAUUUUCAUCCGCUCUUGAAAUAAAUGCUCAUAGCAUAGGUAAUCGACAAUUAUCAUCAAAUGAUAAUGAACGACGACAAUCAUCACUACCAUCACCGCCUCUAUUAGAAAGAGAAGAAAUUCGACGAGUAAAUCUUGAACUUAAUCAACAUUUUACAUUACCACCAACUAUUGUUGGUCGUCGUUUACUAGAACGUAGGCGAUCAAACGCUAAAUAA